CCCUCAACCACUGUCGACCCAGAGGCGGUGGCGCUUCCAGGUCUAGCAAGGCUGCCGCCGGAACUACUUCUGCAGAUCAUUCGGUAUCUACCCGUUGAGUCAGCUGCUGCGGUCGCCUUGAUAUCGAAAUAUCACUACCUGGCUUUGAAGCAGUAUGUUCUUCUUGGUCUUAGUGACAUAGCUGGUAAAAGGCGCUUUCUGCGUCUUUUUGAGGUGGAUCUGGCCGAGUAUAUCGCCUGUCACUGUUGUAGUAUACUCUAUCGAUGGAAGGCGUGUGCACCACGGUAUGAGUGUCCUCGACGAUAUCGCCGUGGGAUGUACCGCAUACACACACUUGGGCUAAAGUACUGCCCGCAGCACUAUCCUCGUGAGCUACCCCUCGAGACUGUCGCUGCAUUUUUGAGGGGAUACGAGCGAGGCCCUGCCUACGGCCCACAACUUCAAGAACUUCACCAUAAAUGCGAUGCCGCACUGCCGUGGCACCACUGGACCCCAGAUGUAUCGAGGGAUACGGCGGCGCGGGUCGUCCAUGGGAAGCUGCUACUUCGAACAUCCUAUAGUUUGCAAGUGUCGUUG